GGGGAGGUAGCUGUGAAGAGCGAAGCGCUAACACACGGAGCGGGCACUCAACACGGAGCGUCACAUACCAUGCCUCCUCGCAGCAUAACCACCACACAGCCAGCAUCACCACCGCCUCGCUGCGGAAUAGACAACGUGCGGUAGCCGUCAGACAUCUCGCCACACACACACACAGCACACAUCAUCAUCAUCACCACCACCACCAUCCUCCUCCUCUUCUUAUUUUUGUUCCCAUUGUUGUGAGAAUAAAUGUAUCGCUUGCGCCGCUCGCUACUCCGUCGCUCCUGCUGCCACCGCCGCCACCACCACCACCGCAAUCUGCCGUGCCACUCGUCUCAUCGAUGAGCGCCUCCGAUCAGCUCGCACGCAUGGCUAAUUCAUCCAGCAGCGGCAACAGCGGCGGCGGCAACAUCGUCAGCGCCAUCAACAGCUGCGGCAGCGGCGGCUGCAACAGCAUCGUGGGCGAGUGGCUCAAAGCCCUUCGCCUGGGCCAGUACGCCGACUCGUUCCUGGACAAUGGCUACGACGACCUGGAGAUCUGCAAGCAGAUCGGAGACGCCGACCUGGACGCCAUCGGCGUUCUGGAGCGGAGGCACCGCCGCAAGCUGCGCGCGGCGGUGGCGAGGCUGCGGCAGGACGGGGGCACGGCCGUCUACUUCACGCUGGAACCUCCUCACGCGGCUGCUGCUGCUGCGGCUGCUGCUGCUGCUCGUGCUGGUUGCGUCCAGCGAGCGGUAGCGGCUGGAGGUGCACGGGUGGACAUGCGUUGCCUGCUGCAUAGUCACGCGGGCACGGAGAGACACCGUCAGUAUGUCCUUCAUCAGCAGCAGCAGCAGCAUUAUCAGCAGCAGCAGCAAUAUCAAUAUCAACGCCUCCUCCUGCACGGAUCACCUGAUACGGGGAAUUGCCUUCGGGGCAACCCGCUUGGCUAUUGUGUGGAGCAGGGCCACCCCGUGUUGUGCAAGCAGCAGCAUGAGGAUGCGUUGGCUUACGGAGCUUAUGGUUACGAGGAGAAUUCAAGGCAUAGCUCGGUGGGGAACGAUGACGACGAUGAUGAUGGUGGUGGGGGCGAGGAGGUGUUGGUGGUGGAGGCUGGGACUCAUGGGGAGAGGAUUACCUACCCGAAGCUCAAGCUGAAGAUCAUGAUCCGGGAUAAGUUACUGCGGGAUGGCAUCCAACUCACGAGGCCUCCAUACUCCCAACAGGUAAGCAUGGCACCCCGCACUGCAUCGGAGCGGAUGGUAACACAACGCACCUUAGCUCAGGCUGCGUCGCUGGAGGCGGUGUCGCAGCGGUACGCGGACUACUUCCACACGUACACGGGUGACGUGUACCAGCGCCUGGAGGAGAUCCGCAAGCGCCGCGUCACCCUGGAGCCCGACGACUCGGCCCAGGGCAUGGGACGGGAGGCCGACGCCGACAGCGACCACGCGCAGGCCAAGGAGGCGAUGAAUUUUGGACACGUGGCGUCGCCGCCGGAAGACUUAGAAAGCUCUCUGCACAAGUCGACAUCGCAAGACGAGGCAGUGGGAAAAUCCGACAGCAAGAAGAAAGGGCGCUCCUUCUGGCAGAGUCUGCAGAGACUACCCAGCCGCACGUCUACCCGGACACCCAACCGGACACCCACGAGGACUACAAGACAGGGCAGCGUCUCUAGCCAAGGUGCCCCCACGAGCCCGGGCGUGAACUUCGUCGCGAGCGAGAUAACGAUGAGCGACGAGGAUCGCAUCGAGCUCAUGACGAUGGUGAAGGACAGGCGCCUCACCAUCGACGAAGCUCUCGCCAAGCUGGAGGCUUACGAGACGUUCAACCAGCAGUGGAGAAGGGAGUCCUGCCCGUCCCCUCUGCUGGCGCCGCAUGCCUGCCACACGUUGCCGCGUCGAGACCGCCACUGCACAGCCGCUCACGGCGAGGUGCAGAGUGACUACGAGCCGGACAGCUGCAGUAAGUUCGGUCGGCUGCACAAGCUGGAAUCGUCGCGUGCUGCAGAGCGACCUCGUUUUGUCGCGGCGGGAGAAGUGCCGUUUUGGGGGUCCAGCGACGGGUCGAGGACCCCCACACGGGCGUCCGAGCAGCCGCCCGAGUACGAGGAGCCCCCCAUGGUGAUGAUGAUGAUGGCUGCGGCGGUGGCGGGAGGCGAGCCACCUCAGGCCCCUUCCGCCGGCGUCCCGGCCGCCGCUGGGCCCCGGGUCCGCUCGGCUUCGGAAGGCCGGGCGUUCUGCCCGUCGGCCUCCUACGCGUACUCCUACUCGCCGCCGCCGUCCCCGCACACGCGCUCGCUCACCUCGACGCCGGAGGCUCUGCGGGCACGGAGAAGGCAGUGGCCCGGCCGCACGGGCAGCAUCGCGGACGACUACGGCCUCAUCAGGCCCCCCAUGGGCCCCCGUGCCGGGUGGCGGCACCGCGGCUCCGGCCAGUCGGAGGAGCCGUGCCGCGGUCACGUGCCGGGAUUCGCCGUCUCGCUCGAGGAGUUGCGAGCCGCCCGCCGGCAAAUGCAGCUGCGCCGCUUGCGCACGGGCAGCUACGGCGUCACGGGUCUCCACCAGCAGCACCACCACCACCAGCAGCAGCAGCAGCAGCAGCAUCAGCAGCAGUACCGCUCGUCGCCCGUCGGCAAGAACUGGGAGCUCAACCCGCUGGUGGACGUCUGCUACGAGGAGGACGAGCCCGAGUCCGGAGUGGACGGCGUCUUCUACUUCGAGCACGAGGAGCGGGAGCUCACCGUGACGAUGGAGGAGGGGGGCGGCUGCGUGACGCGCGGGGAGCACAGCACGCGCACGCUGCGUCUCCCGCACACCCCGACGCCGCCUCUCCCUCCGCAGCCGCCGCCGCCGCCGACGGCUCAACCGCCCCCCUACGCCUGCCGCUCGGUCGACUGGAACCGCGCGUUCCCGGCCGCCGGCGACCGCCUCGCGCAGGGCACCGGCGGCCACUACCGCUGCACGGCGGCGGGCUUCUUCAGCCCGCUGGCGGCGUCCCAGCGGCGCGGGCGGGUGGCUUAUAGCGAGUGCAACCUGCCGCAGGCCGUGUACGCGUACGGGAAGGCCGAGGCGGCCGAGAGGGAGGAGCGCGACGAGAGCGAGGAGGAGGCGUCGCAGGCCGCCGCCGCCGCCGCCGGAGGAGGAGGAGCGGCGGGCUGCCGAGGGGACGGGGAGAGGCGCGGGGUGGCGGUGGUGGGUCACCAGACGUUUUGCCGGCUGGAGAGGGGGCUUCGCCACGCCCGUGCCGGGCCGGGUUUUAACCUAGCGCAGGCGAGGAUACAGGCGCAGGCCGGGAGGUGGCCCGGGGGACAGGCGCUGGGCUCCCCGUGGGGCGGAUCGGUGGACCGCAGGGAGAGGAAGGGUCUGCUCAGCCGCCUGCAGCGCAAGACUAGGACCAGCAGCUUCGGGGGAUUUGACCUUUCCGCCCGGAUUAGUGGCUCUACCUCUUCUGAUAAGGCGAACUCACCCACAAAGCAUGGCUCCGUGGCGAGGGGGGACGACUCGACGCUGGACGGUCGCGGGAGCCGGCGUGCCGGCGGCGGCGGCGGCGGCGGCGGCGCCGACAGCUUCCUGGGCAAGAAGGUGAAGUCGGUGCGCGAGUCGGUGCGCAAGACGGUCACCAAGCUCACCAAGGCCAACUAUGAGGUGCUGCCCAAGAGUUCGGACAAGCUGCCGCUGUGCCAGCCGCUGAGCGCGGACGACAGGGAGGGGGGCGCCCCCCCAACGGCCCAGCCCGAGGCGGGAGCCCAGCCCACGGGCGACUCCAUGGAGAGCCUGCGCAGCUCCUACAGCGGACACAGUUCCAACAGCGGGCAGACCGUGACGACCUCGGACUCGGGGGGCCGGGCGGACGGCUGCUGCCAAGCGGCGAGCGGCGCGGCCGGCGGCGGCGGCGGCGGCGAGGAGGAGGGGCCCGGCUACUCGGGACCCUUCUGUGGGCGCGCGCGAGUCCACACGGCCUUCACGCCCAGCCCCUACGACAGCGACUCGCUCACGCUGCAGAAGGGCGACGUCAUCGACGUCAUCAGCCAGCCCCCGAUGGGCACGUGGAUCGGGCUGCUCAACCGCAAGGUGGGCACGUUCAAGUUCGUCUACGUGACCGUGCUGCCCGAGGGCGAGACCAACAACAACAACGGCGGCGACGCUGCGGGCGCCGGGCGCAAGGCCCGCCCGAGGCCCAAGCACCGUCGGCCCAAGCCCAAGACGGUGGAGGAGCUGCUGCAGAGGAUGCACCUGGAGGAGUACAUCUCCACGUUCCUGCUCAACGGCUACGAGGACCUGGACACGUUCAAGCUGCUGGAAGGCGAGGAUCUGGACGAGCUGCUCAUCCACAACGCGGAGCACCGCGCCAAGCUGCUCACCGCCGCCGAGCUCCUGCAUGACUACGACCACAUGCCGACUACCCACAAUGCAGCGGAGGCGAAGGAGGCGGGGGGCGGCACUGCCGCGCCCGCUGCCGCCGAGGAGGAGUCGCCGCGGGACUCGGGCUGCUACGAGAGCUCCGAGCCGCUGGACGGCCCCGGUGUGGAGCUCUGUCGGGGCUGCGCAUCCCACAGCCCCGCCGCGUGCGUCCCAUCGCCCCAACUCCACCACCACCACCGUGACCCACACUCCUCCAACGCGGACAGAAAACCACGGACGCCGGUCAACCGCACCGCCACGCAGCAACACAUCCGGACCAUGGACACUCGCCGGAACAACACGAAGAACCUCCUGGCGUCGAGCGGCACCUCCGUCCCGGACGGCCGCAGGCACAACGUGCACAGGCUGCGAAUGGCGGCCGAGAAGGUGUUCAGCAACUCCGUCAUGGAGUCGCGCAGGGAUAAGCGAUCGGUGAAAUCCCACUCGCUCGACCGACCUCGCCGGCAGGUGGACGCCCCGUCCGGCGAAGCGUUCGGCCGCUGGAACAGCCUCCAGUGCUUCGUCUUCUCCCGAGAAGACUCCGCCCCCCUCAAGGCUCAUCCCGACGUGCUACCCGCCCACACGGACGCACCGCCGGAGCCCACGGACCCCCGCGGCGUCGAGACGCGCCGCCCGGCCGCUCCCGGCGGUGCACUGCUAUCGGGGGGAUCUUCCGGUUGCGGCGUCGACGAGGCGGCGUUGGCCGUGGGGCAGAGGCUGGCACGGCCGUGCUUCAAGGACAUCCCGUCCGACUCCAAGUGCAUGGUGCAAAUGAUAGGCAACGGCUGCGUCAACAACUGCGUGGGGUGCAUCCCGGCUGACAAGCCUCCCAACGGGAACGUGCAGGCCCUCGUCACCUCGCAGCCGUCCGGGCGGCUGAGGCCGGCGACGCAGAUCAAGAUGGGCAGUCGCUCCCCGGUGCUGCAGGCCAUCAAGAAGAAUAACUCUCCUGACUUCUCAUCCUCCUCCCCGUACUCUUCCGGCGCUUCGGCGGUGGCCACCGUGGGAGGAGGAGGAGGACUUCCUGGGCCGGUGCAGCGGACCGUAAAGGAGUACGCGGGCAUCUGCACGUCGCCCACGCUGCUUCUGCGCAACACGCAGGCUCUCCGCAAGAGCCCCCAGCACGGGUACCGCAAGCGCCUGGCCGCCCUCGCGUCGUGCGGGCUCGCGAGCGGACCCUCCGCCUCCCGCCCUCCCGAGGAUCCGACGGAGGGCGGAAACGAAGCGAUGCGCGAGUUGGAGGCCGUGACGGAGCAGCCGCGAAGCUGCGAGCAACGACGUCAGACGGGCGGAGGAGGGGGAGGUGGCGGCGAUGUGUCGUGCACGCCGGGGCCAGGAGGACUCAAAGGCGGCAGGCGAGAAGAUCGGAUGAGCUGCAUCGAAGAGGUCGCUUCGUUGGAAGCGCCGGAUGCCUUGAAGCUGACGGGCGCCCCUCCUGCCGACGCCGGUGGAGGUGCGUUGGGUGGUCGGACUCCACGCUGUGGCUUCUGGCAGAGUGCCGCUGCAGCUACUGCCGCUGGUGAUGACAGAUACUUGCACAGGACCGCGAAGAGGGCGGACAUUGAAGUGCACACGUCCUUCUUGAACAUCACCAGCAGUGAAUACGACCCGCCCGAGCCCACGAAGACCUUCGACAGUUUUAAGUGUCGCGGCGGCACCGACGGCGAGUCUUCCCUCGGCCCCGAAGCGAGAGCGGACUUUGGCAAGGAGCAACAAGGGGAUUCGAGGUCCCGUGACCUCGGCCCGGCCAACGACGAGCUCCGAGAUCGUCCCAAAGACCACAAAGGUGGCAACGACCUCUUGGAAGUCGAGGGAAACGACUGGCUGAGAGAACGGCCUCCGGGCGAAGUGCCGGAGAAUAAAUUCCCCCUCGAACUUUUGCCGACGGAGCACGACGUGGGCCGCUGGGAUCGCUCUCCCGGUGAUGCCAAAGCCGAUGCAGCGCUUCGAGGCCCGGCCGCGGCAGCGGAGUGUGACCCCCACGAGUCCGGGCCCACGGAGGACGGCCGUGUGAGCGAUCCAUCGCGAGGCGAAGAUCGUCCGAAACGCCACGCCGAGGACGUCCGAGGUCUCGACCGGCGGCUGGUCUCCAUUGACGUGGAAGGCCGGGAAGGUCGGGGUGCGACGGAAACGGUCCCAGCGCGAGAAGAUUUGGCGUCUACUGAACUCUGGCCGGACGGCUGCGUCCAGCCGGCUCACGAGGUUCCGGCCGGAGACGCGAGCGCGUCGCGAGAUUUGGCGACUCCGUGCAGCGCGCCACCGUCGUCCGCCGUGGACGUGAUGCUGCAGACGGGGCUGGACAUCGAGCGGAUCUACCUGUCGGAAGCCCCGCUGUCAGACCCCAUUCUAACGCCGAUAUCAGUGACGCCAAAUCUGCACCGCGAGCAGUGGGUGUCAAGCGUCAUUUCUCCCAUCCCUGAACACCCCGUGGCCACCAUCGGCCUGGGCCUCUCGUCCGAGGGCCGCAAUCUUUCGUCGGCCGGGCCUCAGCCAAGGGUCAACCCCGAGUCUGCCUCUCCCGCGUCGCCCCUCGCUCCUCCACGCGCCCCCGGCCCGGAGUCGAGUGGCCCGAGCCCGCCGCCCAUCGAGUCCGAACGCCGCCGCUGUCCCGCUCGGCGCUCCAUCGACGGCUGCGUAUGUGCUUCACUCGGUCACGCGUCCAUCCGUCCGUUAAUUCCUUCAAAUCGUCAAAUCAAAGGGCGAGCACGUUUGGCAUCGCCGCCGAUGUUGUAGCGCCGGGCGCUCGCGAAGGCGGGAAGGCGCUGCUGCGUUUCGCAGAUGGGUGAAGUACCCAAUUGAACCCUUUCUCGUUCCGAGACGUCUGCAGGUCGCAGGGCGUGGGUGUUCGGUUCACCGCUGAAUCUCGGCAAGCGCGAGCGGCUCAACGUUCAUUUUAUUCAGAGUGGCAUAGCGCCGUUGUUUUUUAAAGACGUUGCACUCGCUGCAGAAAACCGUAGCGACACGAACCGCGCUCCACGAUAGCUGACGACAAUCUGUGCCACACGCCCUCCCGCAUGGCCAAGUGAGAGCCUCGGUGCGUCUUCUGACCUGACCUAAAGACGUACCGAUGAAGUUAUUUUAUUUCGGUUGACGUACAUGAACAUCAUCGGAACGGAAUCGGCAGAAAGGGUAACAAUAAUUUCAUUUCAUAGAGCGUCAUUCAUGCACUUGCAUCCCACAACGCUGCUCAUCAAUUAUCCAGUUCCGUAUACAGAUAAUACAGAUAAAAGAAAAAAUCAAUACAUAAAUAACGACAUAAAACUAUACACGUAACAA